GCGGGUGCCAUAGCUGGUCUGCGCUUUGGGGUGCGUGUCUAACUUCCUUUGUGCCCACAGAGUGUGACCCCCAACGCUGAACAAUGGGGCGGCCCCGCAAAGACACCGCCAGCACGUCGUCCCCUCGGCAAGCUGCAGCUGUCCCCAAAGCGACCCCGGCUGCACCUCGUUCCUCCGCCUCGUCCCAGGCCAAGGCGACGCCAGCAGCCACCCGACCGAAGAGCGCUCCAGCCGCCAGGAGCGAAGGCAGUGGCCGGAGGCAGCCAGAGAAACCAGCCAGCGCCACCGCCACCGCCACGAGCAGAACCAGGCAAAGCUCGUCCCAGCCAAGUGUCGCGGCAGCGCACGGCAGCGACGCGGGAGAUGCCCAGAGGAGCUGCAAGGCAUCAGCGAGGAGCCCUGCAGCGACAGGGAAGCCUCCCUCCACCAAAGGAAAAGCACCUGCCAGCACCGAGCCCUCCUACCCGGGAAGGAGCCAGUCCAGCCGCUCUCAGGCCGUCUCCAAAACCCAGGAUGAAGCCAGCAAGUUUCCCCGCCAGCUCAUGGGAAAAGAUAUACAGAAGGUGGAGGAGGAAACCCGGGGCCAGCGGGACAACCCCAAGUGGUACGAGUGGCGGGAGAACCGCAUCACGGCCUCGGUGGCGCACAAGAUUGCCAACAGCAAGUUUGUCAACAACAAGACCUCGGAGGUGCCCCAGUCUUACCUGAAAGCUGUGGUGAGCUCGGGCUCCGGCGUGCAGACACCAGCCAUGUCGUGGGGCGUCCAGAAUGAGAAAGUGGCGGUGCAGGCUUACGAGGAGCUCAAGUCUAAGUCGGGCAAGCCGGUGAAGGUGGACGACUGCGGCCUCUUCAUCCAUCCUGGGAAGGAGUGGAUCGCGGCCAGCCCCGACGGAGUCAUCAAGGAAGCAGGUACAGGGAAGGUGCUGGGGCUGCUGGAAGUCAAGUGUCCCUACAAGCACAGAAACAAGAUGGUCAGCGAGGCCUGCAAGGACAAAGACUUCUGCCUGGAGAAGGAAGGGGACUCCUAUGCCCUGAAGAAGAACCAUGCCUACUUCACUCAGGUGCAGUGCCAGCUGGCAGCCACGGGCCUCGAGAAGGCCGACUUCGUUGUUCACACCAACAAGGAGACGGCCAUCACCACCGUGGACUUCGACGAGGCGUACUGGGACAAGACGGUCCCCAAGCUGGAGAAGUUCUACACGGAGGCAGUGAUUCCUUACCUGGAGGAGAAGGGAAGCCCCUCGGUCUGGGCUAAGAAUGCACUUUCACUAGAUGCCGCGAUCCAUCACCCUACCUGGCUGCUGGCAAACCCCACCCCCCCCAAAAACCGGCCAGUUCCCAAACCACCAUCUGUUUCUAAAAGCACUUGGUACCGGGACUUCAGACUCGAUCUCGGACAAAAACGGCGUUACCUUAUAAUCAAGCUGGGCAUGGGGUUUAUCAGAACUAAACUGGCAUUCUAG